GUUUCCGGGGACGUGGCAUCGGAGUCGGCUAAUGAAUCGAAAAGGAUCACGAAAGAAGAUGGGGCGUUGGUGAUCAUAUGUUGAAGCAGCAAGUAGCCCCGCAAGCCAAGUCGGGCAGCGCUCUCAAUGGCGGACACUGGAAACACCGAGACUGAACUUUCACUUUCUGGCUCUAAAACCCUAAACCCUUCUGACGCAGCCAACGGCUUUCAUUUGCCCCAAGCGCCCGGUGAAAACGCUCAAAUCGAUCAGGAAUCUUCGUCUCCUGCUGCCCAGCCUUCCGGCGAUGCCGUCUCGGCCGUAAAGCGGAAACGGGAUGACUCGGAUUCAGGGGUCUCAGAUCCUUCGCUCAAUCCCUUGUGGAAAACCAGCCUCUGUUCUUAUUUUCGGCGACAUGAUGGCUCCUGCAGCCACGGCAGUGAAUGCCGCUAUGCCCACGGCGAAGAGGAGCUUCGUCCUCGGCCCGAUAACACCUGGGACCCGACUUCUGAGCGGGCGAAGAAGGCAAUGAAAUCCGAUACGGGCGAGAAAUGUACAGUUUCCUUGGGUGUUAUGAUGACUGAGGCUGUGGUCGAUGAUGCUGAUGGCAAGGACAAUGAUGAUUCCAAUCACGCUCUUAGCAAAUGCUUGGUGCAUUUACCGAGGAAAUGGGGUUCGGACAGCUUGAGGAGUUUUCUCAAUCAAGAGGGUAUACCUUUCAAAUCUGCAAAGAAAAAGAAAGGCAUGCUAGUAGGAUUUGUCACUUUUGAAGAUCAAGAACAAUUGAAGGGCUCAACAAAGGAGCUUGAAGGAAAAUUAAUUGGCAGCAAAAGUUUAGAAGUUGCGGACGUCAUUCCUCGAUCAUUUGACAAGAAGAGUAAUUCAAAUGUCACUCUUUGUGCAGAAUCUGCACCAAAUGCAGAUGCUGCGCCAGUGAAGGAGAACACAGAUGGGAAUAUGGAUGGUGAGACAAAUGGUGCGAAUUUGGCAGUUGGUGAUUCCAUGCCGAAGACAAGAAGCCUCCGCGAUGUAGUGACUCCUCUUUCUCAUAUGGCCUAUGCUGACCAGUUAGAGCACAAAAAAGGCUCUCUCACCCAGAUUCUCAAAGGACUUACUAGAAAUGCUCGUAGAGCUUGUCCAAGUGGCGUCUCUCUUCCUGAGUGGGUUCUGAAGUCUAGGGACUUAGGUGGUCUUCCUUGUAAACUAGAAGGUAUUAUUGGAUCACCAAGGGUACAUGGAUAUCGCAACAAGUGUGAAUUUUCUGUUGGAUAUUCUGUAGAAGGAAAAAUAACAGUAGGAUUCAUGCUUGGAAAUUUCAGGGAGGGUGUAACAGCAGUUGAGGAAGCUGUGGGCUGCCCAAAUGUUUCUACAAUUCUCCAAUAUGCUUCUAUCUUUGAUGAAUUUCUUCAGCAUUCACAGUUACCAGUUUGGAACAGGUUUAAGAAUAGCGGGUUUUGGCGUCAAUUGACAGUUCGAGAAGGAAGGACAAGUGGGAAGGUUGCUGAUGCUGUAGAUUUUGGUGGGAUUGCAGAGGUCAUGCUUAUUGUGCAGGUUUCUACAAUUGGCUUUGAUAAUGAGCUAGUAACUGGUGAAUUUGAGAAACUUGCUCAAGCAUUUGUUGCAGGAGCUAAUGCACAUUCUCCAUCAUUACCUCUCACAGCUCUGGUUGUACAGGAUCACCAAGGAAUAUCCAACGUAGCACCAGCUGAUGCCCCACUGCAGUCACUUCUCACUCCUAAAGCGGAUGGUGAUCAAAUAAAUUUUAAAAAUGGUGCCAUGGACGUGAGGAUCCAUGAUUAUAUCAGCGAUCUCCAGUUCUCUAUAUCUCCAACUGCAUUUUUCCAGGUCAACACUCUAGCUGCUGAGAAGUUGUACUCACUUGCUGGAGAUUGGGCAUGCUUAGGUUCUGAUACAUUGCUAUUUGAUAUUUGCUGUGGGACAGGAACAAUUGGCCUGACCUUAGCACAUCGUGUUGGUAUGGUGAUUGGUGUUGAAAUGAAUGCCUCUGCCAUAUCUGAUGCCCAAAGGAAUGCUGAGAUUAACGGUAUAAAGAAUUGUAGAUUCAUAUGUGCAAAGGCAGAGGAUGUGAUGGGAUCUUUGUUAAAGGAGUACCUAAAUAAGCCUAAGGAACAAGUCAAUGUUCCAAGUAUCUGUGGAACUGAUAUUGAAGAAAUUUCUGUGGGGAGUGCAAGCCAGGAAACUGAAAAUGGUGAACGAGAAUCUGAGUGUUCUGAAAAUGGCAAGCAAGAAGAUGAAAUUGAGGUUCAGAAAGUGAGUGAUUCUGAAAAUGGGAAUUCUUUGACACAACAAUUUAAAAAUGUUGUUGCUAUUGUUGACCCUCCACGUGCUGGACUCCACCCAACUGUGAUCAAAGCUCUGAGGACUAAUCAAGGACUGCGGAGGCUUGUCUACAUAUCCUGUAAUCCUGAAAGUUUGGUGGCGAAUGCUAUUGAGCUUUGCACACCAUCUCCUGUGAAAAUUGAAAAAGGAAAUAAAGACAACAGAGGAUGGAGAAACAGGAGCAGUGCUGGUCUUGCAAGACAUAGGGCCAAGUCUAUGCCUAUCUCAGAGGCCUUCCAACCCAUAAAAGCCAUGGCUGUUGAUCUAUUCCCACAUACUGAACACUGUGAACUGGUGAUGCUACUCGAGAGGUAGGAAGCAAGAAGGUGCUGGUGGAUGAUUGGUCCGUCUUCCGGGUUGAUAUUUAUGGCUUCUUAUCUUGUUAGAUCUCAAACUUUUGUGGCGGACCCCCUUCUUCUUUUUAGUUGCUUUCUACUCAUCUUUUGCCCCUGCGCAUUGAGUAAUUUUGUAGAAUGACCUUAAAGGUUCAGCUGCCAUAUAAUAUUUGCAGCACACACCAUCAAGUAUUAACAUUUAUCUGUAUCGAGACUGCUGUCCUUUUUGUUUUUUGUUUUGGUUAAUUUUAUUAAUUACAGAUCCGCUGGCUGCUGUAAGGGAAUUAUUUAGUUUGAUUGAUGAUACAGUUUGUUUUUGGCGUUGGAGCGUAAUGAUUAGUGGAUCACACAAUUUGUGGUUUUAGUUAGCGUA